AUGGCACCAACAACAUCUCUAUAUGGUACAAUUUUGUACUUCGUAUUAACGAGCCAAAGUUUACAAUACAAUCGUAUUGAUGGUCGAUCAUCAAAUUAUUACUAUGAAACAAAAGAAAUAAUUAUUUCAGUAUCUGGCAAUUAUUCAUUCACAAGUUCUAGUACUUUCGCUGCAUAUUGCUUUUUGUAUGCCAAUAGUUUCAAUCCAUCGGAUCCGUUUUCGAGUUUGGUUGCACAAGGUCAUAAUAGUGCUGGCAAUGGACAAUUUCAAUUUACUAUUUUCCUUCCAUUUGAUAAUACAACGUCGAAGCGAAAACGUGCUACUACAAAAUACAUUGUGGUAAUAACUACACAAGAUGAAGGUGUCACUGGUCCAUUAUCGAUUACAGUGAGUGGACCAGAUGUGAUUGUAGUCAAUGGAUCAAAUGUGACUGUGGUCAGUAGACCAUAUGUAAAUGGAACAAGUACUCCACGCACUACAAGAAUAAGUUCAACAAAGAAUAAUGAUAACGGCAUUACAGCAGAUGAACGUGUUGGUAUCAUUAUUGGUAGCGUUUUUGGUGGACUAUUGAUUCUCAUUUGUUUAAUUGUUCUUUGCAUCAUAGCUUAUCGCCAUGGUUUUUAUUACGGCAAAGACAAACCUUUUCGUUCUAAUAAAGCAUACAUUUAUAAUGGAGUUCCUUUUCAUAACGAUAUAAGCAAUGCUAUGUUUCAGACUAAUACUUUUACUGGUUAUUACUUCAAAGAUGGUAUAUGGUAUGAACCUCACUAUGUUAUACUUUCAUUCUAUCCUCAAGCUGAUUACAUUGUAUAUGGUAAAGGAAGAGAUAGUUUUGGUGUAUAUGUUGCUAAAGGAGUCUAUUCAUCAAGUACUCUUCGAAUGGCUUUUGAUAAAUAUUAUGAAACAGGAUUAGGAAAUAUACAACAAAAUCAGAAUCAAAAAAUGACUGUUCAAGUUAAAUGGAAUCCUUUUACACAAAGUUUUGAAGGUGCCCAUUAUUUAAUAGAAGGAAGACAUGUUGAAGAACAACCAUAUCUGAUGCAAAUAACAUAUCCACAAUAUUUUUGGUAG